AUGGUAUUACGACAAUGGAAGUACUACGACUGGCUGCAGCGGCAACGACACGACUGGCUAAGAGUUCAUCACUAUGCUCUACCGACUCAGGCAGAGCUGCAUAGUCAGACAGAGGCUCAGGCGGAGGCAGGUGAAAAGCUUGACUCUCUCCACCAGGCUGUUGUCAGAAUACAUCUACGCAUGGACACGGAGCUGCGUUCCGCUCUCAACGAAACUGAGUGGAGGAUGGGAGCGCAGGUCAACCGAGCGUGUCGCAAGCUACAAAAUCAGAACGAUGCUCAUCAAACAGAGAUCCGACGCCUGUGGGCACUUGUCGACACCCCGGCCAAAUUCCCUCGAUUCCUCGAACUGUCACGAGAACUUCGAGACAUGAUCUGGGAAUUAGCGACCCCGGGCAGGACCAUCGUCGUUGGGCAAUACCACUUGACAUAUUUGCCUCCGGUCACAGCUCAGGUCAAUCGGGAGUCGAGAUCUGUUGCGUGCCGUCGCGGGAAGCUGCUGCAAUUGGCAGGGACAAGCAUGGUUCCCGCCCACGGAGGCAGCGUCGCACGGCGGAACAUUCGACGGCGCUGGUUCGAUCCUUCUAGGGAUACCCUUCUCCUGCCCGCUCAGCUUCAACCUCAUGUCGAGGUAUAUCGCGAAUUCUUCAAGGUGGCCCAGCAUGUCGGAACUAUGAGUGAUGCCCAGUUGGUCAAAGAUGAUGUUGCCGCGUGA